AAAAAAAAAAAAAGAGCUGUCCCUUCCUCCAUCUAUAAAUACGACAGAAACAGAGCUUCCUGUCUGUGCAAAAAAAAAAAAACCAGUAGUCCACCGUCUCCGCGGAGACCGAAUCCACGCCGAAUUUUAAAAAAAUCCAAAAAAACAUGGAUCCGGGUUCGGCGGCGGCGGGGGAUUUGCGGCAACCGUUGGUGGAAUCUACGGCGAAGAUUCCGGCGGCGGAGAAGGAGAGGCUUGGCAUAGACGCGAUGUUACAGAGACAUUGCGGGGAGUUUGGUCGGUGGCAGAUGAAGCACUUUGUGCUGACGUGUCUCGCCUGGGCGUUGGAGGCGUUCCACACAAUGGUCAUGAUCUUCGCCGACAGAGAGCCCGAUUGGAGGUGCCGGGUCGGGUCCGGAUCCGGUUCGGGUUGUGGGGUCGGAUCUUCUGUGUGCGAACUGGAUCGGGGUUCGUGGGAAUGGGUCGGGGGACGUGGAAGCUCGACGGUGUCGGAGUGGGGAUUGGUUUGCGGCGAGAAGUAUAAGGUCGGUCUCGUUCAAGCCAUCUUCUUCGCUGGCUGUAUGAUCGGCGCAGGCAUAUUCGGACAUCUCUCGGAUUCGAAACUCGGAAGAAAAGGCUCAUUGACAGUAGUAUGCCUCCUCAACACAGUCUUCGGAAUCGCGACUGCGUUUUCCCCGAACUACUUGACCUACGUUUUCCUCCGCCUCUUGACUGGAUUCAGUACCGGCGGUGUAGGCCUUUGUGCGUUUGUGUUAGCCACCGAACCCAUUGGACCCUCGAAACGUGGAGCCGCUGGAAUGUCUACCUUCUACUUCUUCUCCACGGGCAUUGCUCUUCUCUCGGGUAUCGCUUAUAUCUUCAAGUCAUGGCGAGAUCUCUACAUAGCGACAUCUAUCCCAUCUUUGCUGUUCCUGGUUAUCGUUAUCCCUUUCAUCUCCGAGUCCCCGAGGUGGUAUCUUGUGCGAGGAAGAGUGGAUGAAGCUAUGAAACUGAUGCGGGCUAUUGCUAAGAGUAAUGGACGUUGCCUUCCCGAGGGAGUGGUUCUCGUUAUGGACAACGAGGAAGAAGAAGAAGAUGAUAACGAAAAAGGGUACCCGUAUUCAGACGAGAAUCUACCACUUUCGGUCCCGAAAAAAGCGGUUGAAGGUUCUCUUAAAGACGUGAUUCGCUCGCCCCUCACGCGUAUACGUCUCGUAUUAUCCGUUUUCAUCAGUUUCACGGUCUCUGUUGUUUACUAUGGGCUCAGCCUCAAUGUUGUGAACCUCAAAACCAACCUCUACCUCAAUGUACUCCUAAACGCAGUCGCUGAAAUGCCAGCGUUCACCAUAACAGCGGUUUUACUCGAUCGUUUUGGGAGGAAACCCCUAAUGAUCGGUACGCAGUGGUUCAGUUUUGUCUUCUGCUUCAUCGGGUGCCUUCUCGGGUUGACUGGCCCGUGGAAAGUGGUGAGAAUGGCAUGUGGGAUACUCGGGAUUUUCGGGAUGGCUGGCACGUACAAUCUUCUGUUCAUAUAUAUCUCCGAGCUUUUCCCGACGGUGGUUCGAAACGCUGCCCUCGGGUGUGCGACUCAAGCGGCCCAGAUGGGUGCGAUUUUGGCGCCGUUCGUUGUGGUUUUAGGGAGUUGGAUUCCGUUUGGAGUUUUUGCGUUUUGCGGUUUGGUUGGGGGCUGGCUUGCGUUUUACUUGCCGGAGACGUUAAACCUGCCCUUGUACGAUACAAUGCAUGGGAUGCACGAAGGUGAGAGUAACAGAGGAGUGUGUUGAUGCUUUUCCAAAUAAUCGCAAACGCAAACGCUAAUAAAUAAACGCGGAUUCGAAACGCAAAUCCAUUUGGCCUCUGCCGAUUCUCUGUGUUAGGCGUCAACAAAGGCUGUUGGGUUUUUAUGAGUUGGUUUGUUUGCAUUUUGUGUCAGGAAAAUGGAGACAUGGUUUUGUCUUGAAUUGAGAAAAUGUCUCUAAUUUUUGUAUAAAUUAAUUAAUUUUGCUUCUUGUCAUAUUUACA